UUUGUUUUUUAAAGUCUCAAAAGCGAAUGAUAAGAAUUGAUCUCAGGAUUUCUGAACCCGAAAGAGAUACUUUUUUAUUAGAAUACUUAAGCCACUAUGUAUUCCUUUCAAAAUCACAAAAUGGCUUGUCACCUCAUCGCUCGGAGACUCGGACCCACCAAAAAAAAUAAAAAGAAAAAAAAAAUCAAAUUUUUUCAAGCACCAAUCAAAAUUAAGAGUCCUAAGCUAAUACGAAGUAUGUGCGUAUCUGUUAGGCAAGUAACAUAUCUUGUUUUUGGUGUUACAUAUUGAUAAAAAUAUUUACCAACUAUAAUCACAAGCUUAAACAAAGUUCUGCCGCAACAACCCUCCCAUUUCUACGUUGACAUUUAACGUACGAUAUCAAAUUACGAGGACACACAAAACCAGCAACAAAAACAUGAUGAAUGUUAAGCAACAAAUUCAGUUUCCCCUAGCACCGGAGUGUACGCCUGCUUCGCAUCGUUUCAUGGUUGCGCAGUUUGUGCUCCGUGGUUUGGUCGUUGUUUCUACGGUUAUAGCAAUUGCUGUGAUGGCUUCUAGUGAAGAGUCGAUAUCAAUUUUGGGAAUCGAGUUCGUGGCCCGUUAUAAUGGUUCUUCUGCUUUCAAGUUUCUUAUGGGUGUAGACGUGGUUGUUGGUGCUCUAGCUUUGUUUUCGAUGAUUGGCGUUUAUUUUGCGUUUCGAAAACCAUCAAAUUUUGUUCACUUAUACUAUAUGUUUCUGCAUGAUCUGAUUUUGAUGGUGUUGACGAUAUCCGCUUGUGGGGCAGCAACAGCAAUUGGGUAUGUUGCGCUGAAUGGACAACAACAAACUUUAUGGCUGAAGGUGUGCGAUCGAGUGGGGAAUUUUUGCCUGAAAAAUGGGAUUUCUGUCGCAUUUUCAUACGCAGCUUUCCUUUGCCUCUUUGCUCUCACUAUCAUGUCUUCCUACAAGUUAUAUAAUAAGUCGUAAAAUAUGGCACAUGAGUCUCUCUAAAUUUCAUGUUAGUUGUUAAAUAUUCCAUGUCAUUAACUAGCUAGUAUAAAUGAUAAUUAAUUUCUGAAUAACGGAAGGAAUAGAAGUUGUAUAAUUUGGUAUAUUUUCUCAUUAGUUCCUUUUAUACGGAGUAUAAUUGAUCCAUAUAAUUACCAAGUAAAGUUUGGUAGAGUUGUGGGGAACUCACCUUGUGACUUUGAGGUCACAAGUUCGAGCCCCAUCAACUACAAAAUGCUUGUGAGUAGGGUGAUUCCCUUAUCUCUCCCCUCUACUCUUAAGCGUCGACCUGCGGAGCUAGGCUAGCUAAACUUGUGAGAGGUGCCGAUUCAGUAGGGUAUUUCAUAUUACCUUAAAAAAAACAAAAAAA